UAUUGCAAAUCCUUUGUUUAAUUUCUAAAGUUGAUGAAUUGGAUGGUAUAAAAAAGACCGGUUCAGGCGAACGAAGCUCGCGAAUUUCUCACUCAAGCAGGUCAUGCGUGUCAGAUGGCGCGUCCAAGUUACGCAUUGCCACCAGUACCAUUUAUCUAAAACGUCCAAGAGCGAUUUUCAAAUGAGAUUUUGGCAUUUGAUAUAAAAACAUGUAUCUGUUCCCUCUAUGUGUCGUUAUUGUUUCAACGGUAAAAGCAAAGAAAAAUUGUGAACUAGGAAGCCAAGAAAUAACAUCACAACCAUUCCGUUUGGCCUAUUGUGAUGUUUCACCAUUAAAAAAGAACAUCUUAUCUGAAUCAUGGACAGGAAGCAGGAUGCAUUGUGCUUCUCUUUGUUUAAAAACACGUUUCUGUGUGUCAUACAAUUACAAAAAAACCUACGACGAACACGAAAUUAACUGCCAGUUAAGUUUUGCUGACACACACGAGCUUGAAGAAGAAACGAAGCUCACAAAGGGAUACUAUAACAAGAAUAGCAAAGAUCAUCAUUGGAUGUAUUACAAGGCUGUUGGAGAUAGAACGGAACCUUGCAACAAAGUAGAUGAUUGCUUGAAUGGAGGGAAGAUGGUCAGAGAUCCAGUGAAGCCGUUUAGGUGCGUUUGUCACGAGGAUUUCGAAGGAGAACGUUGUCAAACUAGAAAAGAUGUUAACGAAUGCCAAAUAGAUUCCCCAUGUCAUCCUAACGCAACCUGCAAUAACACAGUUGGAUCUUAUACCUGCACAUGUAUGUCUGGAUAUAGUGGAGAUGGAUUGAACUGCACUGACGUAAACGAAUGCCAAACAGGUUCUCCAUGCCAUUCCAACGCUAACUGCAAUAACACAGAUGGAUCUUAUAACUGCACAUGUGCUUCUGGAUAUAGUGGAGAUGGAUCAAGCUGCACUGACGUGGACGAAUGCCAAACAGGUUCACCAUGCCAUUCCAACGCUAACUGCAAUAACACAGUUGGAUCUUAUACAUGCACAUGUGCUUCUGGAUAUAGUGGAGAUGGAUCAAGCUGCACUGACGUGGACGAAUGCCAAACAGGUUCACCAUGCCAUUCCAACGCUAACUGCAAUAACACAAUUGGAUCUUAUACCUGUGCAUGUGCUUCUGGAUAUAGUGGAGAUGGAUCAAGCUGCACUGACGUAGACGAAUGCCAAACAGGUUCACCAUGCCAUUCUAACGCUAACUGCAAUAACACAGAUGGAUCUUAUAACUGCGCAUGUGCUUCUGGAUAUAGUGGAGAUGGAUUGAGCUGCACUGACGUAGACGAAUGCCAAACAGGUUCACCAUGCCAUUCCAACGCUAACUGCAAUAACACAGUUGGAUCUUAUAACUGCACAUGUGCUUCUGGAUAUAGUGGAGAUGGAUCAAGCUGCACUGACGUGGACGAAUGCCAAACAGGUUCACCAUGCCAUUCCAACGCUAACUGCAAUAACACAGUUGGAUCUUAUACCUGCACAUGUGCUUCUGGAUAUAGUGGAGAUGGAUCAAGCUGCACUGACGUGGACGAAUGCAAAACAGGUUCACCAUGCCAUUCCAACGCUAACUGCAAUAACACAGUUGGAUCUUAUACAUGCACAUGUUCUUCUGGAUAUAGUGGAGAUGGAUCAAGCUGCACUGACGUGGACGAAUGCCAAACAGGUUCACCAUGCCAUUCUAACGCUAACUGCAAUAACACAGUUGGAUCUUAUGCCUGCUCGUGUAUCUCUGGAUAUAGUGGAGAUGGAUUGCUGAGCUGCACUGACGUGGACGAAUGCCAAACAGAUUCUCCAUGCCCUUCCAACGCUAACUGCAAUAACACAGUUGGAUCUUAUAACUGCAUAUGUAUGUCUGGAUAUAGUGGAGAUGGAUUUAGCUGCACUGACGUGGACGAAUGCCAAACAGGUUCACCAUGCCAUUCCAACGCCAACUGCUAUAACACAGUUGGAUCUUAUACAUGCACAUGUGCUUAUGGAUAUAGUGGAGAUGGAUUGAACUGCAUUGACGUAGACGAAUGCCAAACAGGUUCACCAUGCCAUUCUAACGCUAACUGCAAUAACAAAGAUGGAUCUUAUAACUGCGCAUGUGUUUCUGGAUAUAGUGGAGAUGGAUUGAGCUGCACUGACGUAGACGAAUGCCAAACAGGUUCACCAUGCCAUUCCAACGCUAACUGCAAUAACACAGUUGGAUCUUAUAACUGCACAUGUGCUUCUGGAUAUAGUGGAGAUGGAUCAAGCUGCACUGACGUGGACGAAUGCCAAACAGGUUCACCAUGCCAUUCCAACGCUAACUGCAAUAACACAGUUGGAUCUUAUACCUGUACAUGUGCUUCUGGAUAUAUUGGAGAUGGAUCAAGCUGCACUGAUGUUGACGAAUGCGUAACAUCUCCCCCAUGCCAUUCCAACGCUAACUGCAAUAACACAGUUGGAUCUUAUACAUGCACAUGUGCUUCUGGAUAUAGUGGAGAUGGAUCAAGCUGCACUGACGUGGACGAAUGCCAAACAGGUUCACCAUGCCAUUCUAACGCUAACUGCAAUAACACAGUUGGAUCUUAUACCUGUACAUGUGCUUCUGGAUAUAGUAGAGAUGGAUCAAGCUGCACUGACGUGGACGAUUGCCAAACAGGUUCACCAUGCCAUUCUAACGCUAACUGCAAUAACACAGUUGGAUCUUAUACCUGUACAUGUGCUUCUGGAUAUAGCGGAGAUGGAUCAAGCUGCACUGACGUGGACGAAUGCCAAACAGGUUCACCAUGCCAUUCCAACGCUAACUGCAAUAACACAGUUGGAUCUUAUACCUGUACAUGUGCUUCUGGAUAUAUUGGAGAUGGAUCAAGCUGCACUGAUGUUGACGAAUGCGUAACAUCUCCUCCAUGCCAUUCCAACGCUAACUGCUACAACACAGUUGGAUCUUAUACCUGCACAUGUGAUUCAGGAUAUAGUGGAGAUGGAUUGAACUGCACUGGCAGCUUGCACUCUUGCUCAACACUGAAAGAAAAACAUGCAGAAUUGUCCAGUGGUGUCUACUCCAUUAAUCCCCGCAGUCAUGAAUCGCCACCGUUUUCGGUUUACUGUAAUAUGAGUGCAAAACAAGGUGUUGGCGUCACUGAGUUUGGGCAUGAUAGCGAGACCAGAACGAAAGUGAGUGGCUUUGAGGAUCCGGGAUCUUACAGAAGAAUUGUUACUUAUUACAAUAAAAUGAGUGAUAUUGUGGCUCUGAUUAAUAUGUCGAAAAAUUGCGAACAGUUUAUAAGAUAUGAAUGUUAUUACAAUUUUCUGAGGUAUGACUCCUAUGGGUGGUGGGUAUCUCGUCAGGGUGAAAAGAUGAAUUACUGGGAUGGAGCUGCAAUUGAUAGCGGCAAGUGCGCGUGUGGCAUGACAAAUAGCUGUGAGAGCAACAAAACGUGCAACUGCGACGCAAUUUUGUUGGAAUUACGGGAGGAUAGUGGAUACCUGACGGACAGGAAAACAUUACCUGUUACAGAAUUAAGAUUUGGAGACACAGGAGCUUAUAAUGAAUAUGGUUUUCACACUCUGGGAAAACUUCGUUGUUGGGGUUGAUUAUCAAAAAGGCGGGAAUAUCAUUACUUUUGCUGUUAUGUGCAGCAUAAGAAAUUCUUUCCUCGAAAAAAGGUUAUUUAGUGAUAUAGUAGAAAAAAGAAAUAUGCAUUGAGAUAUACUCCAUGAAAUAUGUAAAAGAAUCCUCAAUAUAUGUACCUAAUAAUUAUGAAAUCAACUCAAUUCUUCAUAGCUAAUUAUAUUAUACGGCAUCAUAGAAAAUUCUGGCCUCGUAUUGGUCAUUAUUACUCUAUAAAAUCAGGCUGUAAAUUUAAAGAAAAUGUUGCACCUAAAACAACGAAUUA